CAUGGGCUUAUGGCUCAUUUGGCUACGGAUUUUCCAAUCAACUCUGCAACAUGAAGGUGGAUCCGUUUGAGAAUAUUUGUCAUUCCAUGUUCCCUAGAAUCAAGUUGAGUCCGAGUGACCUCGUUGACAACAAAGUUAAUACGAGAAUCCCAAAAACAUUGAGAUUGGUCACUUUGCACUCUUUGCUACUGCGAAAAUCUCGGCGACACCCGUCCCUCGAGUCCACCAAGGCUGGAAUCCAACUCAGGAAAUCUCACUUAAGCAGAAAUAAAAGGCCCAGCGAUGGUGUAAGUGGGACUGAUUACGAAGCAAAAACCUUGGUUUUCAGACGGGUAAAAUUCUGUCGAGGAACACCAAUUCAUGUCUCUUUGAAUUUGGAUAUUCACCAAAAAUUUAUGGAGGACGACUUCAACACGGCGUAUGGAGAGUACAUUUGCCUACGAAAUAGGAGGGAUAGACUGACCUGGUUGACCAAAUUGACUGAAGGGAGACUUCGGGAUAAGCUGGAAUAUGACACGAUGGAAUUGUUCAAACCGAGCUGGACUGCUCGAGAAGCGAGGAGAACGCUGUCCUUAAAACGACCAUUAGGAGCUCCUCCCAAUCUUUUGGAACAUGUUGCUCCUCAAAGAAAUAAGCAAGGUUGUCGACCAAUUGGACGCAGCUUGGUGGAAGAGGAAGAUUUGCAAUUUGUCCAGAAUAAGUUGGCGAGUGCUCCGAGGACUUCAGGAUAUUUAGAGUAUGUCUUCGGCUACCGAAAACCACCCCCUGAAGACGCAGAUUUGAAAAAUUUCGAGUUUAAAGUCGACCCAAAGGCGGCUAAAGAGGCAGGCCAAGUUGUCAAAGAUGUUCCGACGGGGUGUAGAAAAGCUUUUCUGUAUUUAGGAGGAUGGUUUUUUGCGUUUCAAUUGUGGCUGGCGUCCAUGUACGAAUUAAUCUUUCCGUCUUUCGAAAGAGUGACCGAGUCGCAGUUGCCGGAAAUAUCGUUAACCAUGCCAAGUCCGGAACACAGCACGACAGACUUUCAUUCCUUUUGCACUCAGAAACAAGUCUUUGACAAGGAGACCGAUUUGGAUAAAGCGCGUCGAAGGGCUUCAGCAUACAUUCAAUUGUCAAGGAGGGCGAGAAAACCAGAAAUUGAUUUGGAAGAUUUUGAAGAAUUUUUAGUCCCAUCAGAAGCAUUUGUGGGGGAAAUGACGAAGCAAAGAAAGGAAAGAAAUUCAGGAGAAGAUAAAGAAAGCAAGUUGGGGAAUAACAGUCCCCCGAAAAAAUAA